AUUAUUAUUUUACAUAUAUAAAUAUUUAAUUUCUAAAAUAUUCUUACAUAGAAUAUGUUUAAUAAAUUAUUUCUUAAAUAAUCACACACAUUUUUAUAAAAAAUAAAAAUAAAAAAAAAAAUUAAAAAUAUCAAAAAAAAAUUGGAAAUAUCAAAAAAAAAAAAUAUGAAAAUUAAUUUUUUAUUUUUAUUUUUUCUUUUAAACCAAUAUUACGUAUUUAUUUAUGGUAUCUGUCAAAUCACAAGUAACACAACAUUAAAUUGUCCAGAGUCAAUUGCAUCAUGUAGUUUAAUUGUUUUAAAGGAUUUUUCAAAUAAACCAACUAUUUUAAAUUAUCCACUCACUAAAACUGGUUCACAAAAUUUUUUAGAGCUUUCAAACUUAUCAAAUGGUUAUAUAUUUUUAGAAGGAACCAAUGAAUGCACAGUAGAUAUUCCGUCAGAACCUUACAUCGACUCAGUAGAUAGUCCUGCAGCUUAUGGUGGUGAAUCAAAUUUUACUGGUGCCUUUUUAUCUGAUGAAUUUGGCGUUAUUCAGACAGUUAAAAAUGGUGAUAUAUUUCUAAAUUUUAAAUAUAACAAUGACACUAGAUUGUUUACAUUUACCAAUUUUCCAAAAGGGUGUGGUAAAUUCGAAUUGUGGGGUAAAAAUAAUAAAUUAUAUUCUGGUAGUUACAAGCCAUCAACAAUUGUCGAUUUUAGAAAAGAUGUAAAGAUCAACAAUAUAAUAUUGGUUGGUUCAAAUCUUUUUAACCCAAAAAUCAUGAUUAAUGGUCCCAAUUUUUCAGCUCAACAAAACAUUACAUCAAUUAACGAUAGUAUGGAUUCUGGUUACUUUACAGUUCAACAAAUUAUGUAUUGCGGCAAAUGGACCAUAAGCUUGUCUGUGUGUGACUCCCAAGUAAAAGAUACCCCACCCAUAGUAUUAAAUAAUGUACCAUCUAUAGAUGGAGUCACAUCGGUUUCAGCAAAGGAUGGUGGUAAUGUAACACUCAAUGGUGUUAAUUUAUAUUCAAGAUCUCUCGAUAUUCCUGAUCCCUCUGGAAAAAAAAACUUGUCUGGAUACAGUAUCACUCUCCCAUAUAAUAAGAAAUGUGUAGUCAUUGAUUAUGACUUUACCAAUGGAACUAUAACAUGCAGUAUGCCUCCUUCGAAUGAUAAUGAACAAAAGAAAAAUUUAAAUUUUGUUUUAACAAUUGACCAGCUCUACACCGCAAAUAUAAACUUUUCUUAUGAUAGUCCUUCGAUUUCAACAGUUAAACAAACAACUUUCCCAACAAGUGGUGAUGCACAAUUCAUAAUCAAUGGAAAAUAUUUAAAUGAUGACUCUAUCAUUAUGGUUAAUGUAAAAGUACCAAGCAAUGGCAAUAUUAUAGAUUAUAAUUGUUCAAUUAAAAGUAAAGAUGAAACUCAAAUGGUUGUUGGGGUUCCAUUGAAUGCAUAUCCAGGUUAUAUUGUCAUAGUUUCAAAGAACGUUGGUGAAAAUAUUUAUUCAAACAUUGGUGAUUUAUCUUUUAAACCAAUAUUUAACAGUAUUACAAAAUCGAAUACAAACGGUCAAAUUGUUACCAUCUCUGGUAUAUCAGUACAUACUGAAAAAUACUCAGGCUCCAAAACGGUAAACAUGUCAGCCUCUAUCUAUGUAAGCGACGGUGUAGAUACUAAGGCAAAAUGUAAAAAUCCAAUCAGUACAAAUGGGGUUAAUAUUACAUGCUUAAUGGGUCCGGGUGUUGGUAAGAAUUUGUCUGUAUCAAUCGAUAUUAAUGGAUAUCAAAAUCAAAAUCCAUUAUAUUUUAGCUACAAUAGUCCAGUUAUCAGCUCUUUGAAUCAAAACUAUACCGGCUAUGUAACAUUUUAUGGUGAAAACUUUGGAGCAGAUCCCAGUAAGAUAUCAAUCGUAUCAUCAGAUAAAUCCCCAAUUAAUGUUUUAAAUGCAAAUGAUACAAGUUUACAAUUUCUUAUACCAGAAACAUUAAAUGGUCUAAAUUAUUUUAAUAUAUAUGUUGGUUCAUCAAAUCAUCAAAAUGUACUUUCAAAUGUAGAGUUUGCAGUAAAACCAACCAUCUUAAAUAUUACAUCAAUUCCAGCAAGUGGUGGCCAAGUAACAAUAACAGGUCAUCAUCUUAGUGAAAGAGCAGCAAUCUCGUUUAGAUCUCAAAGGGGAACACCAUCUGGCAUUCCUUGUAACAACAUCACAGUCUCUGAUAAUAACUCGGUAUUGAAAUGCCAAGUCUAUGGUUUUUCAGGUUCUCAAAUAGGGGAAAAUGGUGCAGGUGAAAGAAAAACAACAUCAGGUGCAAAUCAUACCAUUUUUAUGAGCAUUAAAGGAAGAAAUGCUAUCAAUCCAAACAAUAUAACAUUUUCAUUCAAUUCACCUAUUGUUUAUGGUUCGCCAGGUUCCAAUGGUUUAGGUAGAAAAACCAUUUAUAUUAUCGGCGAAAACUUCAAUAGAAUUGGACUUAAAGUAUAUGUUGGUGGUGCAGAAUGUAAAUGGCCAAUUAUCUAUCACACAUUCGAUACCAUUACAUGUAUGCUAGAAGCUGUAGAUAAUAGUCUAAGAUCGCAAUAUGAAAAUAAAACCUUUGAUAUUAAGGUAACAGUCGAUGGUCAAACAGGUUUCAUUAAAAAUAAUUUUACCUAUUACUUCGAUGAAACAUCAUAUGCUACAGAAUCUAGUAAAUUAACAUCUAUCAUUCCAGCAAUUGUAAUUUGUGGUAGUAUUGGAUUGGUUCCAAUUAUUUCUAUAGGUAUUUAUAUAAUCAACCGUAAUAGAAGAUUAAAAGAAAUUCAAAAGAUUUUAGAUAAUAAAGUUUUUUAAUAAAACAAUAAAAAUUGUAAAUAAAAUAGCAAUAGUAAUAGUAAUAAAGUAAUAUUAAAUAGUAUUAAUAGUAAAAAAGCAG